UCUAUUGCAAUAAUUUUUAUUUAAUAUAUUUUUUCUUAUAAACAAUUGUUGUCGAAACUAAAUAAAAAACUCGUGGAACAAGAUAUUUACUUGGUAUGAUUAUAUUAACGAAGUCCGACCAAUAUUUGAUGUGUUAAGGUAUUCCAAAUCUGAAAAUGGCUGCUGUUGACAGAAAAGUUAAAAUUGGUUUACAAAGUGUAGCUGGUGGCGUCGGCGGCGGUUCCACUGGAGCUGGUGGCGACAAAUCAACAUUAAAAGGCAAAGGUUCACAUAAAGUGCUUAAUCGUGCCUCAACGGCCAAACCAAAGCCACCCACAGAUGGCGCUGGUGGUGGUGAUGCUGAUGACUUGGAUGCCUGGGUAAAGUCGCGCCAAUUGGUCAAGCCUGACAACCAAUUGGAUUUAACCGAAGCCGAAUUAUCAGAAGAAAUAACCAAAGUUCUGACGACGACCAAUACAAAUGUGGUGCAUAAUUUGGUCGUCUAUAGUUUCAAGGAAGAGGCCUAUGUACCCCUGCCGCCAGCCGGUAAUACAGUUACCCUGCUAAAAUUCGACGGUAAUUCUCUUCAUAUCGAUUCGGAUGAGGCGAAAUAUCAAAUGGAGGAAAGUGGGGAAAUUGGUUAUCCCCUGCCGGCUCCCCGUUACUCGUUAAUGGAAGCUGAAGCUGCUCCACCCAAAGCUGAUGACGGUGAAGCCGGAGAGGGUGGAGAAGGUGAGGACCAAGAAGGCAAAGAGGGUGAGGAAGGGGCUGAGGAGGCUGAAGGCGAAGAAGAAGCCGAAGAAGAGGCUGCCGAAGAGGGUGGCGAGGCCGAAGAGGGUGAAAAGAUUGAAGAAGAAACCGCAGAUGCAGCUCCAGCUGCCGCAGCCGCUGGAGGUAAAAAACGCAAGCUCAUCAAUCAAUUUAACUUUUGUGAAAGAGCGGCAUUGACAUUUACCAAUCCAACUAGGAAUGUCGACACCCAAACCAUACCGCCCCCACGAUCCCAGUAUGGCGCCAAUGUCUUGCAAUGGGUCAUUUAUGACAGCUAUGCAGAAGAUUUUGAACAGCAGCAGAAGGAACGCGACAAAAAGGAUGAUAAGAAAGCGCAACGCAAGGAUGAGUUGAAAAUGAGCAAACAGGAACUGAAAGCAGCACAGGCCGAGGAGCUGAACAAGAAGUAUUUGAAAUGCUGGCAGAUACUGGAACGCAUGAUAAAUCAAAAUAUCUACAAGGACAUUGCUCAUGAUUAUCGUUAUUGGGAGGAUCCGGCCGAUGAGUUCAGAGACGGCGAGGGUACUUUGCUACCGUUGUGGAAAUUUCAAUACGAAAGGACCAAGAAAAUGAGCGUAACCGAUGUCAUGUUUAAUCCUUACUAUUACGAUUUGUUUGCGGUGUGCUUUGGAUCACACGACUUCAUGAAACAGCCCAGCGAGGGUUCCAUAUGUCUUUUUACUGUCAAGAAUCCAUCGUAUCCAGACUAUAUAAUCAUGACCGAAAGUGGUGUAAUGUGCUGUGAUAUCCAUCCAAAAUAUCCUUUCCUAGUGGCAAUUGGUCUGUACGAUGGUAAUGUCCAUGUCUAUAAUCUGAAGGAGAAUUAUCGAGAACCUUUGUAUGUAUCUAUGGGUGUUGGCGAUAAACACAUCGAAUGUGUCUGGGAGAUAAAAUGGGGUCCCGAUAUGGCCGAUGGUGAAAUCAAUUUCUAUUCCGUAUCCUCGGGAGGUCGUGUCUUCAAUUGGGUACUGAUGCAAAAUAAAUUAAUGGUGACGACAAUAAUAACGCUGUUCCUUGAAAACGGUAUUGUCUCGGGACCAGAUGGUACCGAACUACGUCUGCGUAGCUGUGGCUCCUGCAUGAAAUUUCAUCCCGAAGAUCCUGAAAUAUUUCUAGUGGGCACCGAAGAGGGAUGCAUCUACAAAUGCAGCAUUGCCUAUAGCUCAAAAUAUCUCAUGACAUAUCGAGCCCAUAAUUUAUCCGUAUAUCGUAUUGAUUUUAAUCGCUUCAAUUCGAAUAUUUUCAUAUCGUGCAGCGGAGAUUGGCGUGUUAAAAUCUGGGAAGACAUGCGUCCUGAACCAUUGUUCAUCUUCGAUUUGGGCUCCGCAGUGGGAGAUGUUAAAUGGGCACCGUAUUCGAGUACGGUGUUUGCAGCCGUUACUAAUGAGGGAAAGGUUUAUGUCUUCGAUUUGAAUGUGAACAAAUACAAAGCGAUUUGUAUUCAGGCUGUGGUGCCGAAGAGGAAGAAUAAAUUGACGCGUUUGUCGUUUAACGAGAAAUUGCCAUUUAUCAUUGUGGGCGAUGAUAAAGGCACUGUCACCUCUCUGAAAUUGUCACCCAACUUGCGUCAGAUGGUUAAGCCCCCCAAGAAACAACAGAACUUGGAACAGUCUGUGUUGCAGGUGCAAAAAUUGGAAAAGUUACUUUCCCUGGUGCGAGAACUACCCGAGGGUGAAAUCAUCAAAGAUACCACCACAACUGUCCAGAGUUGAAAAAUAAAUGUGAUGGUCCAAAAAGA